CAUCGGGAGUCGGGAGUCGGCAGUACUAGAUUUACCGCCCACCCAAGAAAAUGACUGAACAAGAAAUGCAAGUCGACGAUGUACCCUUUUCUUCCAAGAUUACAACUAAAUCAGAGAGUAAUCAAGCACAUGGUCAACCCUGGGUUGAGAAAUACAGACCAGUCAAGCUUCACGAUGUAGUUGGUAAUGAGGAAACGAUAAGCCGUCUUAAAGUUUUUGCCAAAGAUGGAAAUGUCCCAAAUGUUAUCAUUGCUGGCCCUCCUGGAACUGGAAAAACCACCAGUAUUUUGUGUCUAGCCAGAGCAAUGUUGGGUCCUUCCUACAGAGAUGCUGUCCUGGAAAUGAAUGCAUCGAAUGACAGGUACACAGUGGUAUUGAUGGAGUUACAGGUGACAUCCACGGAGAUGCGCGGUGGCAUCCACAGAGAUCUUACGUGGACUUCAAUGUCUAGCUCGCUCAGAAAUGUAGGACUUCAAAGAGGUAUUGAUGUUGUGAGAAAUAAAAUAAAGAUGUUUGCACAGCAAAAAGUUACGCUGCCUAAAGGAAGACACAAGAUCAUUAUUCUGGAUGAAGCAGACAGCAUGACAGAUGGAGCACAGCAAGCUUUGAGGAGAACUAUGGAGAUUUACUCAAAAACCACCAGAUUUGCACUUGCCUGCAAUGCUUCAGACAAAAUAAUAGAACCUAUCCAGUCUCGGUGUGCAGUUUUGCGGUACUCCAAGCUGACAGAUGCUCAGGUGCUCAAGAGACUGCUAGAGGUGUGUGAGGCUGAAUCAGUCAGCUACACUGAUGAUGGGCUAGAGGCCAUUGUGUUCACAGCACAGGGAGACAUGAGACAGGCCCUGAACAAUGUACAGUCUACGUUUCAAGGUUUUGGUCAUGUCAACAGUGAAAAUGUCUUCAAGGUUUGUGAUGAGCCCCACCCAAUGUUGAUUCAGGACAUGUUACAACACUGUGUUAAUGGCAAUGUUGAGGAGGCAUAUAAAACUAUGGCUCAUCUAUGGAAGCUUGGAUACUCUGCAGAAGAUAUUAUCACGAAUAUCUUCAGAGUGUGCAAGAACCAAAAUAUUCCAGAAUUCCUUAAACUGGAAUUUAUUAAGGAAAUAGGAUAUACACACAUGAGGAUUGCAGAGGGUGUCCGGUCAUUAUUACAGAUGUCAGCAUUGUUGGCAAGACUGUGUAAAAAAUCUGCAGUGCCAGGGAUAAUAUGUAAUAUGUGAAAUAAACCAAAAUGACAAUGAUGAUCAAAAAUAUAGAAAUAUCAAUAAAAUGUAUUCAUAAUAAC